CAAUAUUGCCAGUUCUGCAGCGACCACCAGCGUCUAUACAACUAUUGAAAAAGAUCCCAAUGUGACAGGUUACUCUGUUACUUAAAGAGCUUUUGUCUUCCAGGGUGUUUCUUCAAAGGGGCAGAGCCUCCACGAACACCCUCUUCCUCCUUUCUGAGGAGCAGAGGUGGUACCAGGGAGAAGAGGACAGAAGAAAGAAGUCAGAAGGCAAGAGUUAUGGAAUUGCAGGAAUGGGGGGGGGCUUGGAAUUGGUUGGCAGAGAAGUUCAUCAGAAACCCAGAGGAAAUUGCCUCUCUGUACCGGGGCCUCAGCCAGUUCCCAUCACUUUCCAGUGUCACCAUCGGACCAGAUGCCACCACACAGUACGGAGGCAGAAGCACCAAUAUCUACACUGAGUGGUCACAAAGAGACUUAGACCGCAAUGAGCAAAUUAAGUUUUGCCGGCAGUACAUCAUCUUCCACGAUAACAACACUGUCAUGUAUUCUGGUGCUUGUGGGCAUGGCUGUGAGGUUAAUGGCGAGAUUCGCAGCAGAGAGUCUCCCUCUGGAGCACUGAAAGCUGUCCUGCGAGAGACCAAGAACGAGAAAGGAGAGAACUCCCAGUUCUUGGAGGUUUGGGAGAAGAAUCGCAAAGUGAAGAGCAUCAACCUGACAGCUCUGGAUAAACACUCGAAAGUGUAUGAGGAUGAGCAGUUUGGAUGUCUGUCCUGGUCACACUCAGAGUCUCACCUCUUGUACAUUGCUGAGAAGAAGCGGCCCAAAGCAGAGUCCUUCUUUCAGACAGGACCAUCUAAGAAUGAAGAUGGUGGAGUUGGCAAACCAAUCAAGGGUGAACAGUUUGUGCUUCACGAGGACUGGGGGGAAGGACUUGUGAAUAAAAGUGUUCCAGCUUUGUGUGUCCUGGACAUAGAGAGUGGGAACAUUUCUGUACUGGAAGGAAUACCAGAAAAUAUAUCACCAGGACAGGCGUUCUGGUCCCCGGAUGACACUGGUGUGGUAUUUGUUGGGUGGUGGCACAGCCCUUUCCGACUUGGCCUCAAAUAUUGUCUUAAUAGGAGAUCUGCUCUGUUUUUUGUGGACCUGACAGGGGGGAAAUGCGAGACACUCUCCACGGACACAGCUUCUGUUUUCUCUCCCAGACUGAGCCCAGACAAGUGCCGCAUUGUAUAUCUAAAAUGUGAAGUGUUUGGUCCUCACCGGCAGUGCUGCCAACUCAUAACGUAUGAUUGGUUCACCAAAGUGACGUCAACUGUGGUGGAUAUUGUACCUCGAAGUACUGAUGGGCAGUUUGCUGGUAUCUACACGUCCUUACUGGCAUCCUUCUGCUGGUCUGCAGACAGUCAGCGAGUGGUCUUGGAUACGGUGCUGCGCAGUAAGCAGUGUAUAUUUGUUGUUGACGUAAUUACCACAAAGGUAACACAUCUACUGUCCAAAGGUACUCCAUUGGGUAGCUGGAAGCUAAUGGCCAUUGACAGAGACCUCAUUGUUGUGACUUUUUCAUCUCCAUGCUGCCCUCCUACUCUGAAAGUAGGUUUCCUACCUCCUAGUGGAAGAGAAGAAGAAAUGACAUGGGUGUCCUUGGAAGAGGAGAAUCCUAUGCUGGACAUUGAAUGGAACUUAAAAAUCCAUCAUCCUCCUCAAGAGCAAGAAAACCUUAAGUACCCUGGCGUUGAUUUCGAAUCCAUUUUUCUUAAGCCACAGAAUAUCCCUGUUGAGCACAAGAUUCCUCUAGUUGUAUACCCACAUGGGGGUCCACAUUCUGCUUUUGUCAGUGAGUGGAUGCUUUAUCCAGCUGUGAUGUGUAAAAUGGGAUUAGCUGUGCUGUUAGUUAACUAUAGGGGAUCCAUUGGAUUUGGACAGGAUAGCAUCCUCUCUCUGCCAAAGAACAUCGGAGAGCAAGAUGUGAAAGAUGUCCAGUUGUCGGUGGAACAAGUUCUGCAGGAAGAGCCUCUAGACUCAGAGAAGAUUGUAUUAUAUGGAGGGUCACAUGGUGGAUUCUUGUCUUUGCAUUUGAUUGGGCAGUACCCAGGGUUCUAUAAAGCCUGUGUUACUCGGAAUCCAGUCACCAGUAUACCACCUUUGUUCGGAUCAUCUGAUAUACCAGACUGGGGUCUUGUGGAAACUGGCCUUUCCUACUCUUACCAGGCAGCUCCUGAUGCUGCUCAGUGGGGCGACAUGUUAAGUAAAUCCCCCAUCAGAUUUGUGCCUCAGGUGAGGACUCCAGUACUCCUAAUGCUUGGGCAGGAAGACAGACGCGUCCCAAACAAACAAGGUCUGGAGUAUUACAGAGCACUGAGAGCCCAUGGUGUUCCAGCACGGUUACUGUCGUAUCCUGGAAACAACCAUUCCUUGUCAAAGGUGGAUGCAGAAUCUGAUAGUUUCAUGAACAUUGCUCUGUGGAUCCUAAAAUAUCUGAGAGAAUAAUGAUUCAACAACUGGUGCUGCGGACCCAAAUUAUCUCAGGAACAAAGUUUCCGUACUGUAAAUGGAAUAGUUAACAAUCCUUUUACUGGUGGCUUGCAAUGAAUGAUCUGAUAAUUGUCUCACUGC